GUACCAACCACAGCAUCCAGCAAAGCUUCGAUGUGAAGCAGGGGGCAAAGGGCGAGAUGCGACCUGCGCGGCUGAAUGCCCAGGUCUGCGCGGCUCUCCUUCUCCGAGCCCUUGCCUCCAAAGACGCCUCUGAGCGCAAGAAGCAGAUCCAAAAGUUGCUGGGCCGCAGUACGGUAAG